GAUACAUCCUCGAAGCCGGAGUUCCUGGGAUCAGAUGCUCAGGUUGUUUUGCUGCUGGUGGCGCUGUGCUUCCACCGGGCACGGCUGGCAUUCCUCCAAGCAGAAGAGCAGCCUGUCGAGGGCACCAGCGACACAGGCAACGACCUCGACCUCAGCUCAGAGCGGGAAGUGCUUCCCGCCGAGGUGGUUCCUGAACGUUAUGAUCUGCACCUGGACCUGGACCCAGAGCACUUGGACACAUUCUCCGGUGAGGUUACAAUGACGCUGCAGGUGACCAGUGAGACACCUUUCAUCACUCUUAACGCGCGUGCGCUGUCCAUUGACAUGAAGUCUGUGGCUUUUCGGCAGCAGGGCUCGGAUGCCGUGCAGGCACCAGUGGAUACUGCGGAGGAUGCAGAGCUCGAGCGCGUAAGUUUUCACUUCAGCGAGAACCUCCCUCUGGGCCUGGCAACUCUGCAGCUGAGCUACACAGGUCAGCUCGGCCAGGACCGUGUAGUUUUACAUUCUUGUAAUUCCAAAGGGCAGGUUCCAUCUUCCUGUUAUUCAUUUUUAGGCUGUUUCAUGUGCAGGGUCCAGGAGAAAGACAGUUUCCUUUUGGAGUGCAUGCUUCGAACGCUUUUGUCUCUGCUUGAGUUUCUUUGUAAGUGUCGUUUUUUCCACUGCACUUCACUUCCGCCAUCGGUUGUGGGCAGGCAACUUAAACCCAACAGGCCAUGCUACGACCUGCAAACUGAACAGGUGGAUAAGAGGGCACAGGCGUUACUAAGUCUCUUGAGGGUUUUUUGUGAUUGUGCUCCCCCAAGCCACAGAUUAUAUCUAUUGCCAGCUACCGUGCUACAACAGCCAAAUAUUGGCUUCAACAAAGGCAACCUCGGAAACUCAGGCGUUGAGGCUUCGCUGCACUUGCCGGCUUGCACAGGCACCAGGAGUGCUGUAGAAUCUUGGGCAACUCCAUGCUGA